AUGUCGUCUUCGACACCACUCGACCCAUCGACGCCGAUUACGCUCGUAUCGAGCCAAGGGGAUGAAUUCGUGGUCGAGUACGAUCUUCUGCGCGCCAGUGGUGUGCUUAAACGUCUGUUCGCGUCGAGCGAGGCGGCGGAUUUCGAGGAACAACGAAGCAAGGUGGUCAAGCUUCGCGACAUCUCCACCGCGAUUUUGCGGAAAAUAAUAGACUAUUGCGAAUACAAGCGCGCGCACGAGCAUUCGUCGAAAGCACCACCUCGAUUUCAAAUCGACGAAGAGGACGCCAUCGAACUCUUGAUGGCGGCAAACUUUUUGGACAUUUAG